UCCGUGGGUACUUUCUGUGCGGGCUGGGGAGAGCUGACAAAAAGUAAACUAAACAGGGGAGACAAGAAGCAAAGAGGGACCCACCGUAAACAGACUAAUAAGCGUUGACGCCUAUGUCCAAUGCCGUUAGCUUUGCUGCAGUAGCUUCUGACGGACUUGAAUUUUUAUUAAUUUGUUCAAGCAGCGUUUACGUGCCUUCUUAAUCUUCGCCGUUUUGUUUUUGUUUUAGUGGAUCCACGCCUGAUUCGUCUAGAAGAUGAAUUCACUGGGCAGUUCUUCCAAAUGGCCAUCUUACGACUCGCUUCCCUCCACCUCAAGCGUUUUCCUCAGCGAGAGUGAGCACACUGAGGAUGAAGCAGACAUCUUCUCCGAGGGAGAGGGGGACAGCGGGACAAACAAGUCUUUCUCAGUUGAUGAAGGAAUGAUACUUUCUGGAAGUCACAGUGAUUACCCAAAUCAUUCAGCUAAGUUGUACUCUGGGUCUACGAAUGAACAGUCUGGACACUGUCCUGGCCAAACUAAGCAUCCCGACUCAGCUCCUUCUCCUGGCAUCGCCACAAUCGGUUCAUCAUCAGCUACACCUGGAGACCUGGCCUUUGCUCAGAAGUGUGCAGAUUUGCGCAGGUUUAUCUGCCCUUUGCUUGAGCUUCUACAUGGACUUAAGGCUGGGCGAUUUGACAAAGGUUUAACCAGUUUCCAGCAGAGUGUUGCCGUUGACAGACUGCAUAGGAUUCUGGGAAUUUUACAGAGGCCUGAAAUGGGUGAGAGAUACCUGCACAACCUGCUGCAGAUAGAGAUGAUGCUCAAAAUUUGGUUCCCUCAGGUGGCAGUUCAGCCCACAGUUACAUUAACCCAAACCAUGACUCCCAGACUCUUACCACGCUGGCGCCAAAAUCAGCUCCACAUGCCAGUUAAGAAGCGAAAGCUGAACUGGACAGAACCUGACGAUACUGGCACAGACCCACCCAGGCAUACGCACCAUCAACAUGGAACACAUGGGAGCUGCGAGGCUGAAACAUCACUUGACAUCACAUGUUUACCUGGAGCACCUAAAAAACAGAAAACUCCCAAGGAAGGAACAGCUGAACCACCUGUGGCCUGCUGGGCAGCACGACACGAGUUUAUAGAGAGCACCGGCACUUUAAGGAGACCGUCGUAUUUUUGCAGCAAGAAAGAGAAUAAGAAUUCGAAGCAGCCUGAGAUUGAUCCAGCCUCCCCGUGCGCCAACCUAACUGCGACACAGGACAGCUCAGUAUCCACAAGUGCCGCCAUUACUACAGCUGACUCACUUUAGCUGGCCUUAGCUGACCUUGCUACCACAUGGAGGUGCCACAGUAUGCCAGCCAGAGUGAGGGUAAAGGGUGGAAUAGAUUACAUAAGCAUGAAUUUAGACGUUUAGCCAGUCUGUGAUGGCUGCAAGGCACAUAAAACAGAAGAGGAGGAGGGGAAAUGCAGAGAGACACAUUCAUUAACCCCUAACUACCCAGUGUGGCUUCCAAUUACACUGGAGGUAUUGCACUAUUUUACCAUGAAUUGUACGUAUAUUGUUUGUAAGAGUAUCGGUUUUGUAUUCACUAAGUUAAAAAAAGAAAAUGUUGGAAGUACUUAUGUUGUUUGUUAAUACAAUCAGAGCUCUGUUUUAUAUUUUUUCAUAUCAUGGAUUACAGCACAAAGUACAAGAUUUCAUGGCAUUAUUGAAGAACAGAAAUGACUAUUAGUCAGAUAAAAAAGGUAAUUUGAAAAUGUCACCUUUUUUUUUUUUUUACAAUUUUGUUGACCAAAUGAUGAAUUGAGAAAAUAAUUGGCUUAUUAAUCGAAAAUCAAAAUAAUCCUUAGUUGCAGCCUUGGUACAGUUACAAAAAAUCUUAAUAUCACAUGAUCAAAAGGGCAGUUAGGGAAAAAAUUGCCACCUUAGUGAUUGUAACAUAUAGUGUGGCAAGGAUAUGUAUCCGCUGCCAAAAAGUGCCAAACAAAACCAUUUUGCAUUUCCAUUCCCACCAGAAUUCACAGUCACUGAUUCUGUAUCGUAGAGCGCUAAACAAACACAACUUAUUUGAUUCAAUAAAUAAGAAUAUAUGUAGUUGCACUUCUGAUAAAGCAGCAAAACACUGCACAGAAAAUACCACAACCUGUUUAAUAGAUAAUGUUUGAGAUGGUUAGGAAAAUGGAAGCUGCUCAGCUGGACGUUAAACUGUAAGUUAGUCCUUCAAGUAGCCAGUGAGUGAACUUGUUUUGUAUAGAAAGACUUGAAAACACAUAUUCUUUAUUUUAUUAAAGACAUGACUUUUUAGUAACUGCUUUUUAAAAAAAUAAAUAUAUAAAAUGGGCGAAAUAUGUUUGGUCCUGUGUAAAUUGGAAUACAGGUAGAUGUAUCUGCACUUUGGAUGACUAUGAGGAAAUGUUACAUAUCUAGCAACACUAAAGAGUUGUGAUAUUUAUAUCCGUUUAAGAGGAUCAGUACUUGAAAACCGUGAUUUUCAACGGCAGAUUUAUGGAGUCAAGCAUGUGUGACAGCUGAGAUGAGUGCUUCACAGUUGUUUGACUCACGGAUUUUAUAGGCAAAACGUGUAUAUUUGAUCAUUUUUUUUUAUUUGUAAAUGUAUAAUUUUGGCACUUCAUAUGGGAGGUGUUGUUCACAUCAAAUAUUUUAGCUUCAAAACGCUCCAAAUGAGAUCUGUGUCAUUACGAGGGGAAAGAGCAGCUUCAGUGUACCAUAAAAAUGGAUUACUGACUUGCUCUUAAAAAUUUUAUAAGUAUCGCUCAAAGUGCUUUACUAUUGAUUAUGAAACAUGGGAUAACAUGGAGACAUGAUAAAUGAUAUUUCCAUUCCUGAGCACACAGUUUCUUCCUGAUAGCAUUUGAUUUUUGUACCACCAUGUUUUAAAUUAAAUAUCAUUCAUGUUGAA